AUGUCAUUGCCCCUCAAUAUCUUAGACAAGGAGAACUCAAUUAACAUGAGUCUCGAGUCUCAGAAGGAUUCUGAGAAUAUAAACAUAAGCCAGAAGAAGAAUACUCUCCAGCAAAACCAACCUCUCAGGAAAAGAAUUCCUCUUGGAGGAAAGGAUGUGAACAAUGGUGCCAACGGUGCAUUUCCUUCAUUAAAAAGAUCACAGUCAUCUCUUAACACAGACAUACAUAAUACCAGUGCACUCCAAAGAAAGAAGGCCACGCUCUUGAACAAACCGCCUUCUCUUCAAAAGGCUAAUUCUUCGCUUGGCUUCAUUCAUCGCGCUCCUUUGGAUAUUUCCAAGAAAGAAUCCUCGUCCCCUAAGCUCGACGUUAACGAUGCUCUUGCUUCGAAGUUGUUGAAUUCUGAUAAUGCAGCCAGAUCAAAGGAGUUGGAGGGACAGUACACAGAUACAUUGGCUAAACAACAUCUCCUGCUCCAGCCACAGGAUGAGGCAUCGAUACCCGACAUCAGAAACACUUUUUCUAGAAACACUCGCAGCAUACAUUCUUCAUUUAUACCCACUUUGGAGGUAAAUAGCUCAGAUCCUGUGAAGGGAGGUAAGCCCAACCUUUCAUCUGCGUUGGUGGACGAAUCCCUCUUAGAAAAACUCUCAGAGGAUCCCAGCAACAUCGAAACCAUUCCUGAUCGUGCAACUCGUGCAUAUCAUAUACCACUUGGGAUAGAACCAUUAGAUAAGGAUGAUUUGGAAUUCUUCUCUAAGUCUACCCGCAAAGUCUUGCCUACAGAAAAUAAACAUGAAUACGAGGAAAUCCAUAGAAAGGAAGUGAACUUGAAAUUUAGAGAUAUCGACUUAGACGAUCCAAGCAAUUUUAACUUCGACGAGAAUGAGAGAGUUGAACCGGAAGAAGUAGAAGUGGAAGAACUCAAAAAUAUUGGACUAACUGCCGAAGAAUUGAACAACUUAUUGGACUAUUGA